UAAACAUUAUGCACUUAUAAAAUUUUGACAUAGAAAAGCUAAAGUUUAGUCUUUGUAUCGGAGAUCGGAAACACUCCUCACACCACCCCUUCCCCACACCAAACCCCAUCUCCAAGAAGCUCAUUUCAGUCUCUCUCUCCACUCAAUUAAUUUUUUCUUCAUUUUCAUCAAGAAAAGAAAAUUAAAAAAUUUCUAAUUAGUACAUGUCUUGAUCACAACUGAAUACAGUAGUAUUUAUUUGGCCACUGCCCACAUGGAGUUAAGUUGAAACUCUAAAAACAGGUGCACAACCCAUUCUUAUACAUUUUAAAAUUAGCUCAUGCCUGGGAGUUGCUGUUAGUCAGACAAAGAGUCAGUAUUUAGAAGAAGAGAAAUUCCAUUAUAAUUUUUUUCUUCUUCUUGAGUUUUGAGAAUUCUUGGGAAUAGUGAAAAUAGUCAUGAACAUGUUGUACCAGGCUUUGGGUUAAUUUCUUGAAUUGUAGUAUUAGUUAAUUGUGUGCUGGAAAUUAUGGAUUUGGUGGGAGUUGUGCUCCCAUUGGCAAGUAGUAGUGAAGAAAAUAAUUGUUGUUCUCUUCAUCAUUACACAACAAGACAAUGUCGAUGUUGUACUACAACACAACAAGGAGGACAAAUAGAGGAGGAAGAAUUACAAGAAGAAACAAGAAACCACAAUUCCACAACCAUUCAUGUUAUGGCUUCUAGUUAUUCCAAGAUUUCACCAAUCAUUUCUAUUUUUGUUUUCUUCCUCUUCUUUAUCUUCUCUGUUUGUCCUGCUUUGUCACUAGAAACACAACAAUUCAACCUAGCCAAUCAAACUUUUAAGCCUAGUGAUGAGGUUCACAAUACGAAAAUCAUUAAAUCACAUCUCAUGAAAAUCAAUAAGCCUUCCCUCAAGACAAUUCAGAGUCCUGAUGGAGAUCUUAUAGAUUGUGUAUUAUCUCAUCAACAACCAGCUUUUGAUCACCCUCAGUUAAAGGGCCAAAAACCAUUGGAACCAGCUGAGAGGCCAAAAUCAGGACACAAGACAAAUUCAAUGGAGUUUGAAAAUUUUCAACUUUGGAGCAUGUCUGGAGAAACAUGUCCGGAAGGAACAAUUCCUGUACGAAGAACAAAAGAACAAGACAUUCUAAGAGCUAGUUCUAUUCGAAGAUUUGGUAGAAAACUUAGAAGACCAGUUCGUAGAGACACCACUAGUAAUGGCCAUGAGCAUGCAGUAGGAUAUGUAACUGGAGAUCAGUAUUAUGGAGCAAAAGCAAGUAUAAAUGUGUGGGCACCUAAAGUUACAAACCAAUAUGAAUUCAGUUUAUCACAAAUGUGGGUUAUUUCUGGUUCAUUUGGUGAUGAUCUGAAUACCAUUGAAGCUGGUUGGCAGGUAAGCCCAGAGCUAUAUGGGGACAAUUAUCCAAGGUUCUUCACCUACUGGACUAGUGAUGCAUAUCAAGCCACAGGAUGUUACAAUUUGCUGUGUUCAGGAUUUGUUCAGACAAAUAAUAAAAUUGCAAUUGGGGCAGCAAUUUCUCCAACAUCCUCUUAUAAUGGUGGCCAAUAUGAUAUUAGCAUCAUGAUUUGGAAGGAUCCAAAGCAUGGUCAUUGGUGGCUAGAAUUUGGAUCAGGAGUAUUAGUAGGAUAUUGGCCAUCAUUUUUAUUUACACACCUUAGAGGUUCAGCAAGUAUGAUACAAUUUGGAGGUGAAAUAGUGAACAGUAGAGGGAAUGGAUUUCACACAUCAACACAAAUGGGAAGUGGACAUUUUGCUGGUGAAGGUUUUGGGAAAGCAUCUUAUUUUAGGAAUUUACAAGUGGUGGAUUGGGAUAAUAGUUUAAUACCAUUGUCUAAUCUCAAAGUAUUAGCUGAUCAUUCUAAUUGUUAUGAUAUUCAAGGAGGGAUUAAUCGUGUUUGGGGUAAUUAUUUUUAUUAUGGGGGACCUGGAAGAAACCAACGUUGUCCUUAAAAGAGGAAAAGACUUGUUCGGUGGACUAAAGCUUUUUCUACUUAACAAGUCUGAAAAGAUCCUUAAAAGAGAAAAAGAAAGGGUACAACAUGGUUUUUUCUUUUCUUUUUUGGUUUCUUAGUUUGGUUGAUUUUGGGUGUCCUUUUAUUAUUCUUUCCACUGUAUUGUUAAGUCUAACAAGUGGUUCAUCAAAAUUAGUUAUUAUACCACCUUUAGCUAGGGAGUCGUGUAAAUUGUCAAAGAAAAUAGUGAAUAUUAUAAUGCUUUUUUGCUGUGUUAAUUUAAUUUAACCUGUUUUGUAUGUUU